CUGUCAAGCUCGGGGAUGUCGUCUUCGGGCCUGAGACACCGACGGAAAGCGAAACCCCAAACGCGAAGGUCGAUGAGAUUGGUCGCCAAGUUCGAUUAGUUUAGUGGAGCUUGGCCUGGAAACACAGAUCCGGCGACGGUGACAGGGUUUUCGACUCGCACCAAGUGGACUGAGUCGGAACGUAGAUUAGUGUUUUAUCGAGAAAUUAUUAGGGGGAGAGUAUCGAGCGAUGGCGGCAGCACGCUAUGGAGAUGCUUUGCUCAUUGUCGCCAUCUCCGUCGUGUCGGCCAUCAUCUGCGAGGGUAUUAGCUGGGUGCUGAUUUACCGCACCACCAACUACAAGUCGCUCCGCUCCACCAUAGACCGCACCUCCAAGAAGAUAGAGACGAUGAAGAGCCAGACGCCGGCGUCGGCAAUCGCUGCGGCUAAGAAAUCUAAGAGUAAGAAGAUGGAUCGGUACGAGUUGUCAUUGAAAGAGUCCAGCCGCGAUUUGUCGCUGUCCAAGUUCAAGUCUGGGGCUGUGGUUGCGCUCGUGCUUUUUGUUGUGUUUGGGCUGCUGUCGUCCCUUUUUGAGGGCAAGGCUGUUGCCAAACUGCCAUUCUCGCCUAUUCCCCUCAUCCAGAAGAUGUCACAUCGAGGAUUACCUGGUGACGAUGCCACCGACUGCUCCAUGGUGUUUUUGUAUUUUCUCUGCUCUGUAAGCAUUCGCUCCAAUCUACAGAAGUUCCUAGGGUUUUCUCCUCCUAGAGGAGCUGCAGGGCAAGGACUUUUUGCGAUUCCAGAACAGAAGUUGAAGUGAGGUCUGAGAAGUGCGGUGUGGCAACAAGAGUCGAUGCAUGUAGAGAUCUUUGUAGCCCUUAGGGUUUAUACAGAACAGAGAAGCGCUCCUGAUGAAGUUGGACGAUGGGGACAGUAAGUCACUUUCAUCGCAUGUCUUUAGGUCUUCUAUGUUUUUAAAGCGGGAUUGUGAUCCUGUAACAGAUUUAUGUAUGUGCUUCCAUUGAUACCUAUAUGUUUGAUGUCUUUAUCCCGUA